AAUUGACGUUUGUAAUAACAAUAAUGUUGCCCGGGAUGACCAACGAGCCGGCCAGUGUAUGAGGUCCAAACAAGACUUGGUCUGCUUCGACUCUCCGCUACCAGCUACCCAUCCCCACCUCCUACAAAGACUGCCCUCGCUCAGCCUAGAGCUCACCGAUGGCGCUGUAAUUGAAUGGAACCCUGAAUCCUACUUAUUCCAGGAAAACCAGACACGUAAACUACCAUUCACACUUCAUCCCCACACACCCUGGAUUGCUGUUGUGUUUAGUGUGUGGUGUUCUGCACUGGAAAACAAUCGAAGGUCACAGACGAUUUUGGGAAUGUCUUUCUUGAAGCAGAAGCAGGUGAUCUUCGAUCGUGAAAAUUCGAUGAUUGGUUUCGUGUCUGCGGACUGUCCCGUACAUAAAUCCCGCGUCAUAAUCGAUGACGAUCAACAAGACGCCUCUCGUCUUUCUGCUGGUAUAUAA